GUUAUGUUCAUCUACAAGCUCUUAAAAGUCAGUGAAACCCUUGCUGCUGCAUGUUACAAUAUGGCUUUGAAGCUAAGAAUAACAACAUAAAUGCUUUUGGCUUGAUGAAGGAGGAAGAAAUGACGACUGGGGGGAGGAGGAAACUGAGCUGCUGACAUCAGGAGGCUGGUGAUGUCAUAGUGAUGUCAAUAGCUUUAAUUGUAAUUGCACACAUAGUCAGUGCAGUCUGAAGACAGACGGAGAAACACAUGGCUAUAAUUAGAGAGGAGACGGAAUCGGCUGCUACUGGAGACGUGUCGGCAUAUCAGAUCUUUUCUACCAACACCAGCCUGCAGCAGGGUGUAGUGAUGGCGAGCUCACCAGCCCCACUGCACAACUCUCAGCAACUUUGUGAGGAUGCCUCACGGAAGAGGGAGAUUCGCCUGAUGAAGAACAGGGAAGCUGCACGGGAAUGCCGCCGGAAGAAGAAAGAGUAUGUCAAAUGUCUUGAGAAUCGUGUUGCCGUGCUCGAAAAUCAAAACAAGACACUCAUCGAAGAACUCAAGGCCUUAAAAGACUUGUAUUGUCGCAAAACGGAUUAAGAAAGAAACUGUUCGAAAUCACACAUUGGAGACUUUUCUCUUUACGGAUUACUGAAUGGAUCUGAGCAAAAGCACUUUCUCUUUAGUCACUGCUCGCAACUCAAGAAAAACAGGAACAGAUGCAUUGCUUAUGUGGUUUUAUAUCUUGAAGAUUGUGAUGACCGCUUCAGAAAAUUGUGUGUGUGUGUGAGGUGGUUGCUUCACAAAGCUGAUUUGCUGCACUGAACCAGUGAAUGUGGUAUUUUGCCUUUGUCACUUGUGCUUUUUGCAGGUAUGCGGCUAAAAAAAGUUGACGCAGAAAAAUGGAGUAUGUAAAAUGCAUAGAAGCCCAAGUCUCCAUGCUGAAGCUGCAGAACAAAAAACUCAAGGAAAUUAUGAAUAUUUUAAAGGAAAAUAAAGGGAAUUUGUGCUGAGAUGUCAAGUUCUGUCUUAACAGUUACUGCCUAAUUGCUUAUUUAUAGAUUUCUUUUAUUUUUAAUAUUCAUUAUUCUGCAUUUUAAUCUUCUGCUUUAGUUUUUAUAUCUUUGUGAUAAAAGAAAAAUACCAGCAAAUAAAUGCUUUCCUGAGUUUUAACAAAAGAAAUGUAUCAUCUAUUGAUUUAUCAAUAUUUCAGUUUGACUAUAUAAUAAAGAAGCUGUUUGUGUAUGUUUGAAUGUAACUAUCUAACACGUAUUAGGACUCAAUGUUAUGAGCCUACUGAAUAUUGAAGUAUACGGAAUAUUGAAUAUUUACACAAACAUCCCCGGUGCGUACUGUUCGGAGCCCCGCCCCCACCUCGGCUACUCAGACCACAUCUGUCAUGCUAUUUCCAGUAUACAGACCGCUCCUGAGGUGCUCUACACCAAUUCUGAAACAGGUGAAAACCUGGCCAGCUGGAGCCACCUCUGCUCUUCUGGAUUGUUUUCAUUGCAAUGACUGAAACAUGUUUAGGGAAGCGGCAACCAACAGCGACUCAAUCAACUUGGAGGAGCACACGACUAUUGACCAGCUACAUCAACAAGUCCAUUGAUGACAUGACCAUCUCCAAGUCCAUCACCACACGUUCCAACCAGAAGCCAUGGAUGACCAUAAAGGUGCAUGUGCAAUUAAAGUCCGCCUUCAGAGCAGGGGACAAGACGCCCGUAAGAACAGCAAGGGCCAGACUGUCCUAUGGAAUGCCAAUGGAAGAAGAAAUAGUAUGUCAAAUGUCUUGAGAAUCGUCCUCGAAAAUCAAAACAGGACACCCAUUGAAGAAUUUAAGGCCUUGAAAGAUGUGUACUUUUGCAAAUCUAAAUUAGAAAAAAAUGUUCGAAAUCACACAUUGGAGCCUUUUUUUUUUUUUGUUUUUUUUUGUUUUUUUUUUACGGAUUACUGAAUGGAUCUGAGCAAAAGCACUUUCUCUUUAGUCACUGCUCACAACUCAAGAAAAACAGGCACAGAUGCAUUGCUUCUAUAGUUUUAUAUCUUGAAGAUUGUAAAGACCGCUUAAGAAAAUUGUGUGUGUGUGUGUGUGUGUGUGUGUGUGUGUGUGUGUGUGUGUGUGUGUAAGGUGGUUGUCUUACAGAGCUGAUUUGCUGCAUUGAACUAGUGAAUGUGGUAUUUUGCCUUUGUCACUUUUUUUGUUGCUUUUUGCAGGUAUGCGUCUAAAGAAAGUCGACACAGAAAAAAUUAGUAUGUUAAAUGCAUAGAAGACCAAGUCUCCAUGCUGAAUAUGCAGAACAAAGAACUCAAAGAAAUUAUAAAUAUCUUAAAGGAAAUUAAAGGGAAUUUGUGCUGAGAUGUCAAGUUCUGUCUUAACAGUUACUGCCUAAUUGCUUGUUUAUACUUUUUCUUUUCCUUUUUUUUCAUUUUCUUGUUUUAGUUUUUAUAUCUUUGUGAUAAAAGAAAUACACCAGCAAAUGUUCUGAUUUUCUGAGUUUUAACAAAAGAACUGUAUUAUCUAUUAUUAAUAUUUCAGUUUGACUAUAUGAUACAGAAUGUGUAUAUUUGACUGUAACUAUCUAACAGAUGUAUUCGAACUGAAUGUCAUCAGCCAACUAAAUAUUGAAGUGAUGUUGGGUUUAUGUAGUAAAUUUCAAUCCAGAAUAAAUAUAUUUUUGACACUUA